CGUGAUGCAGAGGAUGAGCCAUGCUUUUUCCGAAGCGGGAGUGUCCAUCACCAUCACAUCCUUGACUAAUCUUGCUUCGUUUUGUGUUGGAAUCACUUCACCUUUUAGAGUCGUUCGUAUCUUUUGCUGCUACAGCGCUCUGUCCAUAUUUUUCGAUCUCAUCUAUCAGAUCUUCUUUUUCGGAAGUCUCAUGGCGCUUGAUGGCUACAGAGAAGAACGUCGUCUUAGUUCCAUUCUUUGUUACACAGUAAAAGAAAAGCAUUUCGAAAACGAAACAUCCGAAGUCAGAAAAGAGGAGACAGACAGGAAGCAGUCUAAAGCUAUGAAGUUCGUUUCUGAAAAUUUCGGAACCUUCCUCGGAAGAAAAUCAGUAAAAAUGCUAAUCGUAUUCAUGUUCGUAUGCAAUAUUGCAGGAAGCAUUUACAGCAUCAAAGAUAUGAAACAAGGACUGGACUUAAAAGAAAUCUUUCCAUUUUCUUCUCCAAUCACAAAAUUCAUAAAUGAUUACUAUUUGUAUUUUACAGAUUAUCCACACGUAAUACAGAUCGUUUUUAACCAGACAUUAGAUUAUUCAAAUCCCAGUGUACAAGAAGAAGUAGAGAACAUCUUAUCAAUGGUUCAUAACGCNAAAAUGCUAAUCGUAUUCAUGUUCGUAUGCAAUAUUGCCGGAAGCAUUUACAGCAUCAAAGAUAUGAAACAAGGACUGGACUUAAAAGAAAUCUUUCCAUUUUCUUCUCCAAUCACAAAAUUCAUAAAUGAUUACUAUUUGUAUUUUACAGAUUAUCCACACGUAAUACAGAUCGUUUUUAACCAGACAUUAGAUUAUUCAAAUCCCAGUGUACAAGAAGAAGUAGAGAACAUCUUGUCAAUGGUUCAUAACGCUCCUUAUAUCAGUGGACGCGAACACUCCUUAUGUUGGAUACGAGAAUAUCUUUCUUUCAUUCACAAUAACGACUUAAAUUAUCUGAUGAAAGAUUUUAACACGAGCGAUCCACGAGGUUUCGUUCAAGGAUUGAAACGAGUAUUUCUCCGACUUCAGCCAGCCAUUCAAUUUCGGAACGAUCUAUCUUGGGAUAGAGAGAGAAACCAAAUUGUGGCUUCUAGGUGUUUUGUUUCGUCCAAAGGCGUCAGAACCGGAACUGAUGAGAAAUUAUUCUUAGAAGGUUUACGUCAGAUUGCGGAUCGUAGCAAAUAUCGCGUAAUCGUAUACAACCCUUCAUUUGUUUUCUACGAGCAAUCUUUAAACUUGACGGCUAUCUGUUUGCAAAACGUGGGUGUCGCCGUCUUUGUAGUAAGCCUGAUAUUCCUGGUGCUGAUACAAGAUAUUCCUUGCACCGUUUGCGUGUCAUUAAACGUCGUCUGCAUUCUAGUAGAGACAAUGGGUUACAUGAAUUGGUGGCAUGUCAAAUUAGAUGUGAUGUCGGUCCUGAUUUUAAUGAUGAGUGCGGGAUUAUGCAUCGAUUUUUCGGCUCACGUGGCGUACGCGUAUAAGUGUUGCCAGAAGGAAUCAUCCGAAGAAAAAAUUAAAUAUAGUUUGUACUCCACGGGAUAUCCUGUAAUUCAAGGUUGCUUGUCUACAGUCUUGGGUGUCGUUGUUUUGGCAUUUGGACCUUCCUAUACUUUUGUGAUAUUUUUCAAAAUAAUCUUGUUGAUUAUGGUUUUCGCUGCUCUUAACGGACUGCUUCUAUUGCCAGUGAUGCUGAGUAUUGGAGAAUCCAUUGUUAUUCCUUGGAAAAAGUAG